AUGGCUUCUUCAUCUUCUUCUUCUUCUUACGAUGUGUUCAUCAAUUUCAGGGGUGCAGAUACUCGUCAUAACUUUGUCUUUCUGCUUUACGAUGCUCUGAAAAGAAACGGAAUCCAUGCCUUCAUAGAUAGCAAAGAACUAUGGGAAGGAGAAGAGAUUUGCUCGUCGCUUCUAAGUGCAAUCCAAGGGUCUGAAAUCUUGAUUCCGAUCUUCUCUAAAAACUAUGCAGAUAGCAAAUAUUGCCUCCUGGAACUUGCUGAGAUAUGGGAGUGCAGCAGCCAUUUAUCUGAUCAAGAUAAAACCAUUCUGCCAAUAUUCAUUGAAAUCGAGCCACGGGAUGUUCGACAUCAGACCGGUAGUUUUGAGGGACCAUUUCAGGAACACCAGGAGAAGUGUGAUCCAGAUGAUGUAAAGAGUUGGAAGAAUGCUUUGACUGAGGUGGGGAAACUGAAGGGAUGGACUCUCAUGGGGGACCCAACUAUUGAGUAA